CACAAACACAAACCUUAACAUUAACGUGACCAGUGUCAAUUUUUUUUGUUGCAACACAUUCUCAUCUUCAAUCUCUGUAUCUAUCUCUUCUUCCUUCAAACAAGCUAACAGAAUCCAUCAUCAUCAUGGUUGAAACUAGAAGCAGUUCCUCUUCUUCCAAACGUGCUCUCUCUUCUCCUUCAUCUACUCCUUCAAACACAAAACGAUCCAAGGUCUCAGGUGAUGUCUCAUCUGCUUCUAAUCCUUCACCACCGGUCAACGAAUCUGGAGAAAGAGAGAUACGGCCAUCUGAUCUGCCUCAAAAGGCUGUUGAUGGUGAUAACAACAAGUCUUCUGAGACUUUGGUGUCUCCACCUCAGUGUUUAGAAUCAGGUGAAAUUGAGGAGAAAUCAAGGAUGUUACCACCACUUGCUCGGUCGAAGAAACGCUGCACGAAAUCGAAUCCUAAGACUGCUGCUUGGGGGAAGCUUAUUUCUCAAUCUUCUGAGAAUCCUCACUUGUCCAUGUGCGAUCCUAUCUACACUGUUGGUCAAGGUGGUCACUGUAAUUUAUGGCUUAAAGAUCCUUCUCUUAGUAAUGUUUUGUGCAAAUUGAGCCACAUAGAGUAUGGAGGUCCGUCUGUUGCGUUGCUGGAAGUCAUAGGGAGUAAAGGUGCUGUUAAAGUCAACGGAAAGACCUAUGGGAAUAAAACCCGCGUUAUUUUAAGAGGAGGUGAUGAAGUCGUCUUCGGUGUUUCUGGCAAGCAGGCUUAUAUCUUUCAGCAGCUCAAUAAUAAUAUCACCACUCCCAAUAUACCUUCUCCUGUGAGCAUUUUAGAAGCCCAGGGUGCUUCAAUAACUGGAACGCAAGUUGAUGCAAGAUCUGGUGACCUGUCGACUGUUGCUGAAGAUUCAAUAUUGGCCGCUUUUUCAAAUCUUAACGAAGAUUCAUCUAUCAUGCCACCUUCUGUUAACAUUGACGCGAACAUGCAACAGAAGACUGACGCUUCAUCACUACCUGCCGGCAACGGGGAUGAUAAGACAAUCGUUGAUAUAAAGCACAACACCAUUAAUAACGGACCAGAUGGAGUUUCUUCUGCCGAUAAAACUGGCUGUCCGUCCUCUACUACUGUUGACGAAGAUCCUAAGGAUGACACUGUAGAAGUCAACGCCAGUGUGGAUGAAGAUGUUGGGAAGAUGACUGCUGCUACUUGCAAAUUGAGUCCAUUAUUGCAAAAGCUUUCUGGAUCAUGUCCUGAAUUUGAUUUGAGUGGCAACAUUGCCAAGAUAAUGGAAGAACGCAAGGGAUUAAAGGAUCUCCUUAAAGAUGUCGGUACCUCAACAAUACUGGCAUCGCCCAAGCAACAAGCUUUGAAAGAUAGCUUACCGAUGAGAAUUCUCAAUGCUAAGAAUAUUGAUGUUUCAUUUGAAAAUUUCCCAUACUAUCUAAGUGAUACAACAAAGAAUGUUUUGAUCGCUUCUGCAUACAUUCACUUGAAGUGCAAUGCCUCUGGAAAAUAUGUUUCAGACCUUCCGUCGUACCUUCCAUCGUUGUCCCCACGGAUUUUGUUAUCUGGUCCUGCAGGCUCUGAAAUAUAUCAGGAGACUCUAUGCAAGGCACUUGCAAAGCAUUUUGGUGCUUGGCUACUAAUUGUGGAUUCUCUUUCACCUCCCGGUAGAACACCGUUGAAGGAAGUUGAUUCUAUUAAAGUAAGUUCAAGGCCUGAAAGACCUUCUGUGUUUACUAAGAGAAGUAUUCCGGCUGGUACAAUACCUAUACCCUCUAAGAAACCGGCUUCUAGUGUUGAUGCCCAAAUUAUAGGUGGAUCCGCAUCAAGUUCACGGUUUAUACUGAAGCAAGAAAUUUCUACGGCAUCAUCAAAAGGCAGUACUUUUAAAACAGGUGAUCGGGUAAAAUAUGUCGGUGACUUCCCUUCUGCUGUCUCAUCACCACAAGUUUUUCCUUCAAGGGGACCAAGUUAUGGCUGCCGGGGCAAAGUUCUCCUUGCUUUUGAAAAUAACGGAUCUUCAAAAAUUGGAGUUAGAUUUGAGAAAUCAAUUCCAGGUGGAAAUGAUCUUGGAGGCAUUUGCGAAAAUGACCGUGGCUUCUUUUGUUCCGCCAAUCAUUUGGUACUAGUAGAUGGUGUUGGAGGGGAUGAUUCUGGCAAAGUUGCGAUUAAUGAAAUCUUUGAGAUUGCCUCUUUUCUGAGUAGAAGUGGAGCACUAGUGUUGUUGAUUAAAGAUAUAGAGAAGGGUGUAGCUGGGAACUCAGAAGUUUUGAAAAGUAAAUUCGGAAGCUUGCCGCAAAAUGUUGUAGUAAUUGGUUCACAUAUCCAACCGGACAGUCGUAAGGAGAAGGUAUUGUUUGAUUAUAUUUGUCAGCAAGCAUUUGAGUGUAAUGAUAUCAUGAUUAGAGGGAAGUUUUUGCUACUGCAUCUGAUGAUUGCAUAUUUAUACUUCCAGACACAACCUGGCAGCCUUCUGUUUACAAAAUUUGGAGGCAACCAGACAGCACUACUCGAUCUUGCUUUUCCGGAUAACUUUACUAGACUGCAUGAUAGGAGCAAAGAAACCCCCAAAGUAAUGAAGCAACUCAACAAGCUCUUCCCAAACAAAGUUACAAUACAGCUACCUCAGGAUGAGACUUUACUUUCUGAUUGGAAGCAGCACCUAGAUCGUGACAUAGAAACUAUGAAAGCUCAGUCCAAUGUUGUCAGCAUUCGCUUAGUCCUCAACAGGUUUGGACUGGAUUGCCCUGACCUUGAGACUCUUUCAAUCAAAGAUCAAACUCUGACAACUGAAAAUGUGGAGAAGAUUAUUGGCUGGGCUAUAAGUUACCAUUUUAUGCAUUCAUCUGAAACCUCUACCAAAGAAUCAAAGCCUGUGAUAUCUGCAGAGAGUAUUCACUAUGGCUUCAACAUUCUACAGGGCAUUCUAAAUGAGAACAAGAGCUUAAAAAAGUCACUGAAGGACGUAGUUACUGAGAAUGAAUUUGAGAAAAAACUGCUUGGUGAUGUUAUUCCACCAACUGAUAUUGGGGUCUCAUUUGAUGAUAUUGGAGCUUUAGAAAAUGUAAAGGAAACCUUAAAAGAAUUGGUUAUGCUUCCUCUUCAAAGGCCUGAAUUAUUUUGCAAAGGACAACUAACUAAGCCUUGCAAGGGAAUAUUGCUUUUUGGCCCCCCUGGCACGGGUAAAACAAUGCUUGCAAAGGCUGUAGCAACUGAAGCAGGAGCAAAUUUUAUUAACAUCUCCAUGUCUAGCAUUACUUCGAAGUGGUUUGGUGAAGGAGAAAAAUAUGUCAAAGCAGUCUUUUCUCUAGCCAGCAAAAUUGCCCCUAGCGUUAUUUUUGUUGAUGAGGUUGAUAGUAUGUUAGGGAGACGUGAAAAUCCUGGUGAGCAUGAGGCUAUGCGUAAAAUGAAGAAUGAGUUUAUGGUUAAUUGGGAUGGUCUACGUACAAAAGAUAGAGAGCGUGUACUUGUUCUUGCUGCCACAAAUAGGCCUUUUGAUCUUGAUGAAGCUGUUAUUAGGAGGCUUCCGCGAAGAUUGAUGGUUAAUUUGCCAGAUGCAGCAAACAGAGCAAAAAUUAUGAGAGUCAUUUUAGCAAAAGAAGAUUUGGCGGCUGAUGUUGAUUUAGAAGCAUUGGCAAAUAUGACUGAUGGAUACUCUGGAAGUGACCUAAAGAAUCUAUGUGUCACAGCAGCGCACUGUCCAAUACGAGAGAUCUUGGAGAAGGAAAAGAAGGAUAGAAGCUCUGCGUUGGCUGAGAACAAACCUCUACCUGGGUUGUGUAGCAGUUCCGACAUUCGUCCUUUAAAGAUGGAAGAUUUUAGAUAUGCACACGAGCAGGUGUGCGCAAGCGUGUCAUCGGAUUCAAAUAAUAUGAAUGAAUUAGUCCAAUGGAAUGACCUCUACGGUGAAGGUGGAUCAAGAAAAAAGACAUCUUUGAGCUAUUUCAUGUAAAGCUAUCUAUGUAGAAUUUAUUGCUUAGGCUAUUAUUAUUAUAUCACCUAUAUUGUGUCACAAGGGAUGGAAAAUUCCAUCAUUGGUCAUGCCUUUAUUGUAUCAUACCAUAGGUUUUCCCUUUCUUUCUUCCCCCAACCAUCAUCUUUCUCCUUAGCUAACUGGAGAUAAAGGUUAUUUUUAGUGACCCUACUGAUCCAACUCUUCCUUUCUCCUGGCAUUGUGGGGUGCCCUAUGCUGGGUUUUCUCCUUGUAAAUACUAAAUUAGUAUAUACCCAGUUUUUUUAUAUAGAAAACAAGAUAGUUCUUUUUCUUUCUUGACGGAUAAUAUAAUAUUUAUUAUUUUUUCUAAUUUCAUAAAUAUAUUUUAUGGUAUUGUAACUGUGAUUUCCAUUUUUCAAUAUGGCAAAUCAGACACAAUAAUUAUGUUUGAUGUGGUGCUUACUGAAAAUCCAUUAUAUCAAGUGAAUAUGCUGAAUUUUCACGUUCAAUUUGAUUUAA